AUGUCAGCUCACGCAGUCGCACAGACGCUAACCACGAACUGGAUCGCCCGAUUCGGCGUUCCUGACAACAUCACCACCGACCAAGGAAGGCAGUUCGAAUCCGAAUUGUUCCGCUCACUUUUUUCGACAUUCGGUAUUCAGCACUCGAGAACAUCGCCUUAUCACCCUCAGUCAAACGGUAUGGUCGAACGUUUUCACCAAACGCUCAAGUCCGCGCUUACCGCACACGAAUCGUCGCAAUGGUCAACGAAGCUGCCGAUCGUUCUACUCGCGCUUUGCAACAUCGUGAAAGCUGGUUUUGAACUCACGCCUGCCGAGUUGGUUUAUAGUGCAACACUUCGACUUCCUGGCGAAAUGUUCCACGCCACACUUGCCGAAUCACAGCCGCCUGAACUGGUAGCAACGCUCCGAGACUACAUGGCUCAACUUCGUUUCACGCCCGGUACGAAUCACGACACACUGCAUUCGUGCCGAGCGACCUGA